CUUUUGGAAGGAAGCUAAGAUCAGCUGAAUUUUUAUUUUUUUCUGUUUCAACUUUUACCACUUUACUACCUCUUUAACAUUUUAUAUCUCUAAAAUGCACAUGGCCGGUGAAACUAUGCACAACUGUAUAAUGCAUGCAUGAACCAGCUAAUACUAAAGUUAACAAUGCAAAAUAAAGGUACGUACAUUAGUACACCAAAUUGUAAGCACUAUCUUAAUCCAAUUUACGCCUACUUUUUUUUUUUCUUCCUCUUUUCAUGCAUCUAUAUAAACUAAGUUCAUUUGCAUAUCACAUUUCCAUAAUUUCAAUCCAAAGUUCAUCCAAAACACGUACAAUACAAAUUAAACCUAUCAAGCCACAAACACGUACAAACAAAAUAAUUCUAGUUACCACGUACCUUGAAUAUAUUGUUGUAACAUUGAUUUAGAGAGAAACAAAAAUAAAGAUGAAGAACAAAGCUUCCGUUUUUGUGAAGAAUAUAAUUUCGACUUUGAGUUCUAUCGUGAAGGGUAAGGUAACGGGGGUGAAGGGCAAAGCGAAUGCUAUGAAAGUUCGUCUUUUGGUUUUCUCACUAAUGAAGGGCAAGAAAAUAUCACUUGGUACGCUUACUACCAAGAUCCAAGCUUUGAUAGAUCGAAAGCGUGGCAAGAUAAUGGCCGAGGAAGAAAUAAGUUUAGAGGAUCAAAACCAGGCAAUCAUCCUCUACAAUGCAAAUUUAGCUAAUGAAUCUAGUGAUCUCAUUAACUACACGGCUAAUGAUGAUAAUCUUGCGCCAUCAGAAAAGAGGGAGUUGUUGUUAGAAUAUUAUGGUCGUGAUCAAUAUUACGACGAUGACAAGUAUCCGGAUCUUACUCAUUCUUUGUUUGAUGAGGAGGAAGAACAUGGAGGAUCGAUCAUCGAUAUGGUGAAAAACUCGAAAGAGAAUGAAGGGCAAGAUUUCAAGUUAGAAGAUGAGAUAGAUCAUGUUGCGGAUUUGUUUAUCCAAAGGUUUCGUAGACAAAUGCUCCUACAAAAAUGGGAUUCUUUCAAGAAAAUUCAAGAGAUGUUAGGGAGAAGUGCAUAAUUAAGAUCGAGUUAUUUUUUAUUUAGUUUAAUUUUGUGGUUGCACUGCAUGCAUAGAGAGACUAAAAUAAGCUAGUAUGUAUCAAUAAUUCAUGCAUGGUUAAUUAAGAAUUCUAGCUAAUUAUAUUAUAUAUGAUCGAAGCUUUGAUGUAAUAUUAUUAUAUACUUUAAUUUAAUUUUCAUAGCGGUUUUUUGUUUAAUGUAUGGAAGGAGUUGGGCGAGAUAGAUCGAGUUGAUUAGCCAAAUUAGAUUGUAAUUACUCUGAUCUCUUCAUCGGAUUUGACCAACUACUUGCAAAAAGAUAAUUACGUAUAAUAUUUGUGUAUUUUUUCCCUAGAAUUAUGGGUACUUUAAAAUAUUUUUCCGUUUAAGCUUGCCAGUUAAUUUUUAAACUCAUUUUUUUGUUAGAAAUGAAAUCAUUGUAACAAUAGGUGAUAAUGAUUGGGUUUUUUUUUUAUUUUUUGUGUUCCUCCCUGUUCACCCUUUGGGCUAAUCUGUGUUCAGGGCUUAGGAUUCGGGGAUAAUAAUGAGUGGAUUAUUGUAACACCCUCAAAUCUUCCUCUACGAAAAUAUUAGAAUAAUACAUAUAAAAUACCGUAGAGAUGGACUUGGGCGUAUUACCGCCACGUGAAAACGUAAGGCUAACUCAAAUGAUGAUUAGGUGGAGUAACAUUAGUAUUAACCGGAACUUCCUGAGUCUUCUUAACAACCCACACUUUCUUAGGUUGUUUAGAGCUUGCAUUCUUGUACACCGGAGCACA